AUGGCAUCCGAGCCACAACACAACACACCUCUUCCUCCGCACAGCCAUGCCCUGCCGGCUGCAGUCGACCAUCGGACCGGGCGCGCCGGGAUCGGCCGGAACCCACGCCGGUCAUGCGAGCCGGGCGGGGUCCCCCGGAGCCUGAGUUCGAAGUCCGAAGGGCACUGCCAUCCCAAGACCUCCCAAGACCGCCUUGGAUCUCCUCCUCUGCUUCUGCAGCCACUCCCGUUGGACUUGACACUGCUAGCCAUUAUCUAG